UGUAGUUUUAUCGAUAAAAUUGUGCUUUUACUACCAAACAUGGGUGAUGGGAAAAACGACCAACUCGAUAUUAAUGGAUCCAACUUUAAUCCGAAUCUCUAUUUGGAUAAAUUAUUUAGAGAGUGCACUUUGCGCCAGGUAAUGGACCACGAAAAUAAGAUUGUCGAAGAUACCAAGGCCUUGCAUUCGGACAUGCAAACCCUAGUAUACGAAAAUUACAACAAAUUCAUAUCAGCUACAGAAACAAUCCGCAAGAUGAAAGACGAUUUCAAGCAGAUGGAAACCGAAAUGGACUUGUUAGAAUCCAACAUGUCUUCAAUUACUUCUUUUUCAGACAAAAUAAACGCAAACCUAAAAGACACUCGUGAGAAGAUAAGCCAAUUAUCAGGCAUACACACGUUACUACAGAGGCUGCAGUUUCUAUUCAAGCUGCCAGCGACUUUAAAAUCUAGGAUGGAAGAGAAGAAUUACAUGCAAGCCAUGCAAGAUUACGUCCACGCGCAAAGAGUUUUGGAACAGUAUGGUGACAUGCCCGCUUUCAAGGGGAUCAAAAGCGAUUGUGCAAUCAUUUUGGCAGAAUUAAAAGGCGAACUCCGCAAACAGUUCUGUAGACCAGAUGCCAGCGCAAAAGAGCUCGCGGAAUCUGUCGAUUUGCUGUUGCAACUCGAUGAACCGCCAAAAGAAUUGUGCUUGGAGUUUUUAACUUGCGCCGAAAAGCGUCUGGGUGGGCAAUUAGUCAUGUUAAAAGACCAAAGUGAACAGCGGGAUAUUGUCGAAUUCGUCGAAUUGGGAUGUUCCGGGUUCCUUAGCGAUUUGUGUUUGGUGGUCGCGUCGUUUCACGACAUGUUUAUCAAUCGAGUCAACGCGGACAGCUCGGAAAGUAGUGAAAUAUUCGAGAACUUCGCCGCGGUCGAACUCGAGACAUUCGUAAAGGACAACAUGAAGAAAUAUUUUGACCUGGUGCAGACCAAAGUCGAUUCCGAACAAGACAUCGCCGAUACCGGCGUCUUGGUUCAGGCCCUGGACAGGUUUUACAUGCGGAUUGAAGAUAACAAAUUUUGCAAGGACAAUAAUUUCACCCUGAUGGCAAUCGACAUUAUCAACAACGCCUCUAGGAAACAGUGCAAGGCACAUUUGCAAAUAUUAAAGAUGCAUUUCGCGGACACCUUGACGAAAGUAAGGCAGUCUUUUACGACUCCCAAGCUUGUGAACCAGGACGACUCGUCUAAGAAUCUCGGGGAGGUGUUGAAUUCCAUGAUCGUCACCAUUGUGGAAAAGAUCAAGGGCGUUCUGCAAGACCUUGUCAUAUUCAUCAACUCAGAAAUCACGUUCUCUCGGAAACCCCGGUUUCGAGAGAGCUUCUGCAUUGAUAAUGUACGGGAGGGCCUGGUAGUGUGCUUCAUGCACCAUUUAACUGCUACUGCCAGGGGUUACUGUUCAGUUGGUAUUGCGGACCCCAAAACCCCGCCCACUUUGAUCUUGCUACUGUCAAAAUUGUGUUUGGAGUUUUCGAAUGGUAGGGUGCACUUUUUGUUGUCUCAGACGGACGAACUGUUCGAGAUCAAUGAGAAGCACAAUUCGGCGUUGACGAACGAAAAUGAACUCAACAACAAUAUGCAAGAGUCGGCGCAACAUUUGUUGAACUACUUCGUCCGAAUUCAAGGACUGAUUUGCUCGCAAAUGCUCAGGAAAAGCGUGGAGACGCGGGACUGGCUGCACACGAUUGAACCGAGAACCGUACGGGCUGUAAUGAAACGCGUAGUCGAAGAUAUAUCGGUCAUCGAUACUACCGUCGGACAGUUGUACGAAGACCAAGGUACCGCCACGGAACACAGUAGCGAUUCUAGCAGGAAAACGCACACCAUGUCCGUGUCCAGACACCAAUUCCGUUCUAACUGGUCGAACUACGCGCCCAAUCAUUUAGAUUCAGCGUUGGUGUCCAAUAUACACAAGCUGUUCAGCGAGCGAAUCGAGGUCUUCUCGUCCGUCGAGUUUUCUAAAGUUUCCAUACUGACGGGUAUCAUAAAAAUCAGCUUGAAAACGUUCAUGGAAUGUGUGAGACUUAAAACGUUCAGUAAAUAUGGACUGCAACAGAUUCAGGUGGAUACCCACUACUUGCAGUUGUAUCUUUGGCGAUUCGUGGCCGACGAAAAUCUUGUGCAUUUUCUCCUGGACGAGAUCCUCGGCUCAGCUGUGCACAGGUGUUUGGAGCCGGUACUCAUGGAGCCUAGCGUGGUUGAUAUAAUAUGUGAAAGAGGCUGAACAAUUGGAAUAAUUUACGUGUAAUGCUGCUGGUGUAAAAAUUAUUUAUUUUGAGUAAUAUUAAAUAGUUUAAAAUACCAAUUAUUUGGUUAAUUGUACAUUUUUGUUACCUGGAAUAUACGGAAUGUC